AUGGCGAACCGGAUGUCAGCGGAUGCGGCCUGCGCCUUCGACGGGAUGCUGCCGCCUACGGACUCGGCUGCAUUUUUGACGCAUUUUGACUUUUCUGCAAUAGAUGAAAUGGACCCCUCUCUGGGCAAGUCAGAUACCCAUACUGACGGCCAUGUGAUCCUCUAUGAACGAGAAGUUCCCUGCGAGCUUCGCAUGCAGGAGGGCUCCAAAGCACCUCAGGACGUGGGAAGGCUUGAGCCUAUCAGGGUGAAAGUUCUAAUUCUGGGAGAAGAAACAAAUCCUCAAGAAGUGCGGAUUGAGCUCGCCAGCGAGAACGACUUGUUCUUCCACUAUACCCACGUGGUAGAUGAGAAGGUUUUUCGGCAGAUGCAACAGAGCCAAAAAUUGAUGAUUGAAUUCGCGGAUUAUCCUCACGUCCUUAUGAAGAUGCUCAACUCGUGCAUCAGAGAGCCCCAGAGUUUCCUCGCCGUAUUCAUAAUGGAGACGACGGGAAAGGGCCGGCUAGAUUUCAUCCAGAACAUGGAAUACAAGUUCAUUGAGCUUUUGUCGUGCGACUUCCACCAAAGUUCAGAGGAAGUGAUUCGGCAACAGAUGGCUUUUCGCUACAACGCACUCAAAUCGAAGCUUGCCCUAAUGCAUGCCAGACUGCACGACAUCGGAGCGCUUGUCAAGGUUAAAAGCCCGUCGCUUUUGCUGCACCUUCAGAAGUCUGCUGCUCAUCAGCUGCAGACGAAACGUAAUGGAGCGCGUGGCUCUGCGUUGAACACGAAACCGUAG